UAAUGUAGCAAUCAACUGCAUUCAUAUAAUGGCUUCGGUAGCAAUGUAUGUAGUUUUCUUUGUUGGGCUAUUUCUUGUUAUAGACGCUAAGGAAAGUGACUUUUGCAAAGUUCAGCCUCCUAUAAAAGAAGACUUCGAGAUAUUGAAGACUGCCGGUAGAUGGUACGAGUUUGCCAGAUAUCCUAACAUGUAUGAAAACGUAACAACAGAGAGAUGUUAUACUUAUCUGAUGACGGUAGAAGGCAACGAUGUUCACGUCACAAUAACCUACAUAAGGAAACAUGAAUCAUGGGAGGAAAGACGUAAUCUCGAAGGUGAAAUGACCAGCGUUCCUGAUAGUCCUGGGAAAGUGCGAAUCACGAUGCCUUCUGUGGGACUGGAUAAUAUCUUCAACAUUGUCGAUGCAAAGUACGAUGAUUAUGUAAUUACUUACCUCUGUGAUAUUUCUUCAGUCUACAAAGUUGAAUAUGCUACGAUUCUAACCAGGGAUGUUCCACUCAGUGAUGCUAAAAAGAAGAGCUUACUGGAGAAGCUGAAGUCAUUAAAGAUUGAUACAGAACGUCUGGAAUUUGAUCCCAAAAAUAAUUGUUAAAGUUGCUCUGCGUUGGAUGUAAAAACUGAGAUUAUUCAUUAAAUAUGAAAUGUUAAAAUG